AUGAGCAUAGACGCUGGCGGUCUCGCUCAGAUGACUUUUAACGGUUUUCCCUCCAACGGCCUUGGCGCUCCCGGCUCUGGCUUUGCUUCUAGAAACAGAGGAUCCCACAACCACAAGCGCCUCAGCGUUGGCCUCCCUCAGCAUAUCAACCCUGCUGAGAGCCACUCUGACACAAACCCUACUCCUCGCACCUCGCGUUCCCACCUUCUCGCCGGUCUCCGCACCGCCCCGAAGACGCCGGCCGUGCCGGCUUCCGCUCCUUACAACCAGAUCGACUACCAGUCCCAGCUUGCUACUACUGCCAGCUUUGGUGGCAACCACUACGGUGGCCGUCAACAACAGCAGCAGCAACAGCAGCAGCAGCAGCCGCAGCGCCAUCACUACCAGCAACACCAACAACAACACCAGCAGCAGCAGCAGCAGCACAUGUAUUCUAUGCCCGAGCAGGUCUUGGCCCCUCCCACCUUCUACGGACAGGAGGCCGAGAUGGACCCCAAUGUGAUGGAGCAGCUCCAGCUCACUAGCCUGUUCCUCGCUCAGCGCCAGCAGCAACUCCAGCAGCAGCUCGCCGCUAUCACGGCUGCUGCCAGCACUGCUCAGUUGCAAGGCUUGAACCUCAACCAAUUCCAGCAGCCCAUGUCCCCUCAAGUUAACGCCUAUGGUCAGCAGCAGCAGCAGCGCGCUCAGCACUCGCCCAUCGAGGUGCCUGGUCAACCUGGUCUCUACCUUGUGUACAACCCUAUGACCGGCCAGUACCAGUACGCUGUCGACAACAACGCUCAAUCGCCCAUGUCUCCUGUCUCGCAAAACCAGACCGGCUUCUUUAAUGUCGAUACUCCUCAGAAGCAGCAGCCUGUCUUCCGUGCCGAAAUCUCACCUCCACCUACCGAGCGUCCUACACCCACCGGUUCUCGCUCCAUCACUCCUCCUAAGAAGACUUCUUCGCCUGCAUCAAGUCUCGCUCACGUCGAGCCACUGCCCCCUCCGUCCGCCAACGCUUUCCGCCGUGGACACAAGAAGGCAUCUUCCCUUGCAAUCAACGCCUUGACUGGUGUGUCAGACGGACCCAAGACGAGCAGCGUUGCUACCUUCGGCUCAGCCAGGACCGUUUUCCCACCCACACCCAUGACUGGUACCUUCGGACCUGGUGCUGCUCGUGCUGGAGAACACCCUAUCCGUCAGCCUCGUGGCCCACCUCCGCUUGAAGAGCUCAUCGCUUUGCCUACAAGCAAGCACGAGGGCAGCAAGAACUUCGCAACCCGUCAACGCCGCCGUGCUCUCGAUAACCUUGUUCGUGCUGGUUCUUUCCGUCGUGCUGUCAGCGGAUCUCCUCGCGGCAGCCCCAUCAGCGAGCGUGAACUGCACUUCCAGUCGGAGGAGGACGAGCCUUGCUUCCGCAAGCAGAGCCCCAUCGGUAGUGAGCGUAAUGCUAAGAGAAGCUCCAAGGACAGCCUUGAGGGCCUCGGUGCCGGUGGUGCUGUUCAGACUCCUGUCAGCGAGAAGGGCGAUGCCUUUGACAUGGGCUCCUUCGCCAAGCAGCUUCCCAGCCCCAUUCAGCAAGGCUUAGGUCGCAGACACAUGAUGUUGGGCGUGCUUAGCGCAGCCGAGAAGAGAAAGAGCAUGUUCUAG